CAAGUAACCCCUGUGGCACCGAUCGAGGAGGCUGUGAACACAUCUGUGUUCUGAGUCACAGAACUGAUAACGGCGGUCUGGGAUAUCGCUGCCGCUGCCGGAUGGGUUUCGAUCUGCAUGCUGAUGGCAAGAGAUGCGCGUCUGUGAGGCAGUUUCUACUGUUCUCCAGUCAGCUGGCGGUCAGAGGAAUCCCCUUCAACCUGUCCACGCAGGAAGACAUCAUUCUCCCCAUCACAGGAACUCCAUCUUAUUUCGUUGGAGUGGACUUCAGUGCUGCGGACAAUUCGAUUUUCUUCUCUGAUACGGGGAAGGACAUCAUCUACAAACAGAAAGUUGAUGGAACCG